AUGACGCUCUACUACACUUUGGUCUUCUUGCUACUUGUAGCAGAAAUGGCCCUAUUUAUGCUCCUAAUCCUGCCCAUGCCGUUCUCGAUGCGGCGGAAGGUGUUCACCUUUAUCUCGGAGAACCCCAUCGUUGCUAAAGUCCAGUACUGGUUGAAGAUCACAUUUGUCUUCAUCCUGAUUCUCUUCAUUGAUAGUGUCAACCGCGUGUAUCGGGUUCAGCUCGAAUUGGCGGCUGCCACUGAGAACAGCGGCAAUUCUGCAACGGCAAUCAUGGGACACGAGCGUCUCGAAGUGCAAGCCCGCAAGUUUUACUCGCAGCGCAACAUGUACCUCUGCGGCUUCACGCUUUUCCUCUCGCUUAUCCUCAACCGCACCUACAUUAUGAUCCUCGAAGUUCUGCGUCUGGAGGAGAAGGUCAAGCAAUACGAGGGGACCGACAAGAACACCAAGCAGGCCGAGAAGCUUGCCGUGGCCGGUGACGCUGGGGAGAUCUCGCGCCUCAAGCGUGAGAUCGAGCGCCGCGAUAAGGACAUUGCCGCUUUGAAGGAGCAGUCGUUGGGGCUCCAGAAGGAGUAUUACUCUCUGGCCGACGAAAACAGCCGGAUCCAAGGGGAUGGGACCUCGUCGAAGAAGGACAAAUAG